AUGCGAGUUUCAAACGUCAGCGGCGCGUCGGUGCCCCAGCAGGCCCAGCGGCGGCAGCAGCGGCGCGCGCUGCGUGUGCGUGCAGAAGCGACCAUCCGCCACGGUGCCGUGGUCGCCAAGCCCGACAUGCGCUUCGCUGUUGUGGUGGGCCGCUUCAACGACCUCGUCACCAAGCUGCUGCUGGAGGGCGCGCUGGGCGCCUUCAAGAGCCAUGGCGCAAACCUGGACAACGUCCAAGUGGUCUGGGUGCCCGGCAGCUUUGAGCUGCCCGUCGUAGCGAAGGCCAUGGCCAAAAGCGGCAAGUUUGAUGCGGUUGUGUGCAUCGGCGUUGUGGUCCGCGGCGCCACAACGCACUACGACGCGGUUGUGAGCGCCGCCACCAGCGGCGUGCUCAACGCGGGCGUGGACACCGGCGUGCCCACUGUGUUUGGCGUGCUGACCUGCGACACGAUGGAGCAGGCCCUGGACCGUGCGGGCGGCAAGGUGGGCAACAAGGGCGGCGAGGCCGCCAUCACCGCCAUCGAGACGGCAAACUUGCUGGCAGAGCUGCGGGGCGAGGGCCUGGCGGCCCCCGCCUGGGGCCCGGCCAAGUGA